UAAAGCACAGAGGACGGACUUGUGAAGGAGGCGGAGAUUCAACUCCACCGUAACAUGACGAAGCUCAGGGUGAUUGGAAAAGCCUUUAAAUAGGAUGGUUGUCAGCGUGUUUUCUUUCCCAUGGGCUUCUUCUUGAUCACCAACGUAGAUCCCGCUCAACGUUGCUCCCAACGUUGCUCUCAGCGUCUUUCACGAUGCGUCUCUCUACUCUCCUCCUCACUCCGCUGCUCUGCGGCCUGGCCGCCGCCGCGGGGUGUCCGUAUGCUGCCAAACGCUCUGAAGAAUCUUCCUCUUCAGGUAUGAGGCCCCGCGGGCUGCCUGUCGAGGGCAAGAAGGGCGUCAUGUUCAUGAACCGGAUUGCCCCCGCUACCUCCACCCUGUAUGUCGCCGACUCGGACGGGUCCAACGCUCGCCAGCUUCUGGGCAACGAGAGCACCUUCGACUACCACGCCCAGUGGUCGCCCGACGGCGAAUGGAUCGUCUUCACCAGCGAGCGUGCCGGAGACGGCCAGUCCGACCUGUACCGGGUCCGUCCGGACGGCAGUGACCUGCAGCCCAUCUCGACCACUGCCCACAUCGAGGACGCGGGCGUCAUCUCGCCCGACGGUAAGCUGGUGGCCUUCAGCGGCAGCCUGGUCAACCAUAAGACCAACAUCUGGAUCAAGAACCUCGAGACAGGCAGCCUGUGGAACGUCACCAACACGACCGACGUCGCGGGCAACUGGACGCUGCCGGACGGCCACUUCCGCCCGGCCUGGUCACCUGACGGCGAGUGGCUGGUCUUCUCCUCGGACCGCAACACCCCCUGGCGAGGCCACAACAACAUCUCUGGCUGGGAGCACGUCCAGGAGCUGUCCAUCUACGCCAUCCGGCCCAACGGCAGCGACUUCCGCCUCGUCGUCAACAACACGGGCUACUGUCUGGGCUCGCCCAAGUUCUCGCCGGACGGCAGCCGCAUCGUCUUCUACGAGGUGCCCACCGAGCUGACCUACUACGGGCGCGUGGCCGAGUCGUACUUUUACGACGUCAACACCGCGAUUGUGUCGGUGGAUUUUGCCACGGGCACCGACCGGGUGGUGCACGAGUCGGACGAGAGCGGUGGCAUCAAGAUCUUCCCGCAGUACGUCGACGAGAACACCAUCGGCUUCUUGGUCAAGAGCCUGCUCACCAACACCACCUACCCGGGCUCGAUCAACUACACGGCGGUCAACGCUCAGAACACCACGGGGGCCCGUUUCCUAAACGACUCAUUCCUAGGCUUGUGGCGGUCCCCCUCGUGGUCACCCGACGGCAACCAGAUUGUGUUCGAGUAUGUCGAGUGGGACCCGGUCCGCGAGAUCGAGAAGAAGCUGUACAGCUGGAACGAGGAGUGGGAGUACCGGUUCAGCGACGUCUUCCCGCGGCUGUCGGCCCAGGGGCAUUUCGCGUACACGUCUCAGCAGACGGAAAAUUCGUCGCUCGUCACCAUGAACGUGGACGGCACGGACAUGAUGGACAUCUUUGACGGCUCGCGCUUCCCGGACCUGGUCACGGGCUCCAACACCAACGGCUCCUUCCAGCCCUCGUACCGCGAGGACGGCGAGAUCCUGGCCAUCGGACUUGGCGACUACUUCGAGUACCGCUACUACUCCCCCGGCUACAUCUACCUGGUGUCGGCCAACGGGUCGUGGACCAAGCAGAUCACCGACGGCACCACGAACGCCGGGUUCCCCACCAUCUCGCCCGACGGCCGGUGGCUGGUCUGGCGGGAGUUCAACUACACCGCCACGGACGUCACGCCGCUCGGGUUGAAGCGCCUGGACCUGCAGACGGGAGAAGUCAUCCAGCUGACCAACUGGUGGGACAACACGCCCAUGUUCUCACUCGACGGCACCAACCGCAUCGUCUUCACCCGGCGCACCAACGAGGUCAUCGCCAGCUACCUGGACGACAACUACGACGUCAUGACCAUCAACGUCGACGGCACCAACCUCACCCGCCUGACCAACCUGGCUGCCAACGACGCCCACGCCGUUUGGACUCACGACGGCAAGAUCAACUGGGCGUCGGCCAUGUAUGGUUUCCAGGACGAGGCCAUGAUCUACGACAACAACCAGCAGCCGUAUCCGUUUAUCAUGCAGAUGGAGGCUGACGGCUCCAACAUGACUGUCCUUACUGAGAGUCGAUGGGAGGAUACCAUGCCCUUGUAUGUCCCGAAUGACAUCUGGACGGCCAGCUGAGGGAAAAGUAGUUUGCACAUAUAUAUAUGUAUAUA